AUGCUUCCCGGCUUGCUCGUGGAGUUUCAUCACAUCUAUGACUUUAGCGUGGAGAUUCUCCGGAACUCUAACUUGACGUUUACAUUCAAGGGCCCCUGGUGUUGUGGGAUGGAUAUGUUGUUCACGGUUGAUCAAUCAAACAUUCGUCAUAUAAUGAGCUCAAACUUCGCCAACUACACCAAAGGUCCCGAAUUCAAAGAAAUAUUUGAUGUUCUUGGAGAAGGGAUACUCACCGCAGACUCGGAGCUAUGGAAGAAUCUAAGGAAAGCUUCUAAAGUCAUGUUCAGCCACCAGGGGUUUCGAAGGUUCUCAAUGAGUACUACAAGAAGAAAACUCAAGGGCGGGCUUGUUCCUCUUCUCAAUCAUUUCGCAGAGGAAGGAGCGGUUUUGGACUUGCAAGAUGUGUUCCUGAGGUUCACAUCUGACACAACCCUAGUGACAGUAACUGGUUCUGCCGAUCCUAGAUCUCUCUCCAUUGAAAUGCAAGAGGUUGAUGAGUUCGCUAAAGCUCUCAACGAUGUAGCAGAAGGGGUUAUGUAUAGGCAUGUUAAGCCUAGGUUCUUGUGGAAGCUGCAAAGAUGGUUUGGAUUCGGACAAGAGAAGAAGUUGUCCAAAGCUGACGCCACUUUGAAACGAAUGUGUGCAAAGUUUAUAUCAGCAAAGAGAGAAGAGAUCACAAGUCAUAAUUUCAAUGGAGAAGCUGAGGAUCUUUUGACAUACCACAUGAAGCUAGAUGCAACCAAGUACGAACUCUUGAACCCGAGUGAUGAUAAGUUUCUAAGAGACACCAUGUUAGCUCUCAUUCUAGCAGGGAGAGACACCACUGGCUCUGCUCUCACUUGGUUCUUUUGGCUUUUGUCUGAAAACCCUCAAGUUGUCAGUAAGAUUCGCCAACAGAUCAACACAAGUUUACCUAAUGAUGAGUCCAUGCAGUUCUUGAACAAACUUGUGUACUUGCAUGGCGCAUUGUAUGAAGCAAUGAGACUUUACCCUCCGGUUCCAUUCGAGCGUAUGUCUCCCAUAAACCAAGAUGUGCUUCCAAGUGGGCACAAAGUGGACGCUAGUAUGAAAAUUGUGAUCUUUAUUUACGCUUUGGGGAGGAUGGAAGCAGUAUGGGGACAAGAUGCGUUGGAAUUUAAGCCUGAGAGAUGGGUUUCAAAGACAGGAAGGUUGAUAGAAGAGCCUUCUCACAAGUUCUUUACGUUUAAUGCGGGCCCAAGAUCUUGUCUAGGUAAGCACUUAGCCAUGAGUUUAAUGAAAACAGUGGUUGUAGAGAUAUUACAAAACUAUGACUUUAAAGUUGUCCAAGGCCAAAAGAUUGAACCAGCUCCUGGUCCUAUUCUUAGAAUGAAGCAUGGUCUUCGAGUCACACUUACUAAAAGAUUUUCUGAUUGCAUCAAACCGGAUAGCGUCGAACCGGAGCAGGAUACCUUAAACGGAAGAUACUUGGAUUAG